AAUAAAAAAUAAAGAAAAGGAAAAACAAGGCGCCGUUCAAGACAGAUAAACAACCCCUCUCUCUAUAGUAACAGCAAGAGAGAGAGGCGCCAAUCGUCUUGUCUGGAUUCUAAGAUUAAUAAUAGAAGCCGAAGAUUGCGGCGAAUCUGAGCGGAAAUGGGGACACUUCAGACAUGGAGAAAAGCCUACGGCGCUCUUAAAGACCAAACCAAAGUUGGUCUUGCUCAUGUCAACUCCGAUUUCAAGGAUGUUGAUGUGGCGAUCGUGAAGGCUACAAAUCAUGUGGAGUGCCCUCCAAAGGAAAGACACCUAAGAAAAAUUUUGGUUGCGACAUCAGCAAUUCGACCUCGCGCUGAUGUUGCGUACUGCAUACAUGCACUUGCAAGAAGAUUGGCUAAGACACAUAACUGGACGGUUGCGUUGAAAACACUAAUUGUUAUUCAUAGAACAUUGAGAGAAGGUGACCCGACAUUUAGGGAGGAACUCUUGAAUUUUCAUCAGAGAGGCCGUGUCCUCCAAUUAUCCAACUUUAAGGAUGAUUCUAGCCCCAUUGCUUGGGAUUGCUCUGCUUGGGUGCGGACUUAUGCCCUCUUCUUGGAAGAAAGAUUAGAAUGCUUUAGGAUACUUAAGUAUGACAUUGAAGCCGAGCGCCUUCCUCGACCCGCACAAGGUGAAGAUAAGGGCUACAGUAGAACCAGAGACUUAGUUAGUGAAGAACUUCUGGACCAGUUGCCUUCUUUGCAGCAGCUUCUGUACCGUCUUAUUGGAUGUCGGCCUGAGGGAGCAGCUGUGAACAAUUACGUAAUUCAGUAUGCCCUAGCCUUGGUGCUUAAAGAAAGCUUUAAAAUAUAUUGUGCCAUAAAUGAUGGGAUAAUCAACCUUGUUGACAAGUUUUUUGAAAUGCCAAGACAUGAAGCCAUCAAAGCCCUUGAUAUUUACAAAAGAGCUGGUCAGCAGGCCAAUAGUCUUUCUGAUUUCUACGAAAUCUGCAAAGGGCUUGAACUUGCUAGGAAUUUCCAAUUCCCUGUGUUGAGAGUGCCUCCACAAUCCUUUUUGGUUACCAUGGAAGAGUAUAUAUGUGAAGCACCAAGAAUGGUUUCGGUUCCAAAUGUAGCCUUGGAGUACCCAGAAAGGUUGAUGCUGACGUACAAGGAAGAGGAUGUUCCUUCACCUUCUGAAGAGACAAAAAUUCCACAUGAGGAACCUGCAUCGGAACCCACUGAUGAAGUUGCUAGCUCAACUCCUGAGGCACCAAUCCCUCCACCUCUUCCAGCUAAAGUUGACACUGAUGAUCUGCUGGGAUUGAAUGCGGAUACACAAGCUGCAGCUGCGAUUGAAGAUAGCAAUGCUAUGGCUUUAGCCAUAAUCCCUUCUGGCACUACACCUUUUGACUCUGAUGCGUCUCAAGUGAAAAGUUUUGACCCUUCUGGGUGGGAACUUGCUCUGGUUACUACUCCAAGCACCAACUUAUCAUCACUUCAACAGAGCCAAUUGGGCGGGGGAUUGGAUUCACUUACCCUCGAAAGUCUAUACGAUGAAGGAGCAUAUAGAGCAUCCCAGCAGCCAGUAUAUGGCUCACCUGCUCCCAAUCCCUUUGAAGUCAGCGACCCGUUUGCUCUUUCUAACAAUGUUGCGAUUCCAACAGUUCCUCCAAUGGCUGGUAUGGCACAACAUCAAAUCAAUCCGUUCCUUCCAUUUCAGCCGCAGCAACAGCCCACCCAUUUAAUGACAACGCCUCAAAAUCCUUUCGGUGAUAUGGGGUUUGGAUCGUUUCCGGCUGCGCCUGCUCAUGAUCCUGCUCAUCCCCCGGCAACCAACCCUUUUGGGAGCACAGGCCUCCUAUAAAAAGGUGCAUAUAUGUUAGCAUGUAAUUUACUCGGCCUUAGUUGAUUUUGGUAUAUUUGAAGUGAGCGGAAGUUUGCUGCUGCUGAUAUAAACGGGAGUUGCUUUUUGAGCUCAGGUGAUGUAUACUUGAGUGUUGUAAAGAUAUUUUGUGCUUGAAAAUGCACUUCUUCAAACGAUGGUUCAUUGGUAA